CGCUUGUAUGAUUUGUUGUUUCUUGUCUAGAACAAACAGACAACGGCAGCAAUUAAUGAACCAUUUUAAUUUUAAUGUUAGUAAAUUAUUUUUAAAAGUAAACGCGUAGCACAUGAAGUCAGCGAGCCGUUAACCUUUUAAUUAAAUAUUAAAAUCAGUGAAAAAUUCAUGAUUUUCCCACAUGUUUCUUGUUUCUUCAUCGAAAGGUGUUUCGUAAUCUUAACAUAGUUUUAUAAUUUUUUAAUAACUAAUUUAAGCUUGAGCACAGCGAAUGCCUAGUUUAAACUGUUGUCAAAGAGGUAUUUCCGUUCUUCAAAAAUUGUACAUAUGUCAUGUUUAGAAAAUACUUUUAUUUUCUUGUAUUGUAAGGCUGUAAUUUUUGGAGUUUUGGUCUUUCAAAAGACCGGUACAAUACUUUUUGAUCAAGCAAGUAAUAAUAGUUAAAAGAUUGAAAUUAUAAUUGAUUGAUUAUAAAUAAUUCUUGAAAUAUCUGCAAAAUUUCAAAACUAAUGUACUAGGCAUUUUCAACAACUGCCAGCUAACGAGAAGAUAACUUUACAACAAUUUAAGUCGCAGAGUAUGGGUUUGCGUGUGUGUUGGGUGAGUGUGCGUGUGUAUCUGUGUGAACUAAUAAAUAUUACCCAAACGAGAAGUUGCAUUUACAACACUCACAAAAUACGCAGCCAACAAAACGAUUUGUGUGUAUAUAUUUAUAAAGCUUAUAUCUGCUCGAUUAAUCUUAAAACAUAAUCUACAGAUGUCGCCUCAUCACACGCACACACUCAUCCACUCACUCGCAACCAGAAAAUCAUAACUCAACAAUGCGAUUUUGAAAUGCACACAUGCAGAGAUGAAGCUAAAAUUUUGACAGUUUUACAGAAAAGCCAGAAGCUUAAAACGAAAAUAUCUGUGCUGAUAUUUCAGCUAUAAGACACUGUUAGAAAAUGAGCAAAAUGCAAAAGGUUGAGCCUAGAACAUUUGUAAGGGGUCUGCGCCGUGUGCAGACCACGCCCAUUUGGGCGUAGAUGGAACCCGCCGGCGGGUUAGAAACGAAAGUAAAUGGCAAAUUCUUAGGAGUGCACGCAAGAAUCAACUUUAAGCCGAAGUGCAGGAAGUGGAGGCAUUGAGAUCGAGUGGAAUACAAUUAAAUUACAAGCAUAAUAUUAUCAAUGUAAAAUCGUAUGUAAAAAAACAAGGCAGAAAUCCAUAAAAAAAAUUGACAACAAAACAAACAACAAAAAAUAAACAAAAAAAAAUACAGAAACUACGAAAUAAAUACAUUUACAUAGAUGUUGCAAAAAUCAAGCGAAUCGAAGCUCCUCCCAUGGAUUCCCGUAACCCUCUCUGUAGAUUUGCGUAUCCUGUCAGUGAUCUAGCACUUUCGGAUCAGCGACCCCAUGUUUCUGGACGCCAUCUUCUUUAUACCCACACUAUUUACUUACCUGCUUAUCGGACUGCUCAUCGUCAUCCUGUGCUUCGUGGUGGUCUAUAUAAGCCACAAGAUCUAUGUCUCCGUCUACGACAACCUGCCUCUGGCCGCUUUGCCCGGCAACUCACGUCAACAGCUCCUGGGUCUCCGUCACUCCAAUCAUGCGAUGACCAUACGGGAAUACCUGGACACCUCGCUCCGCAGUCCACGCUCCAAUCAGCCGAGCCUACGGUCCGUUUGGAUUCAGAACAGGUCCCAGAUCUUGGAGACCUCUUCGGUCCUGCGUAUAGUGCUCUCCCUGGAGCCCUGUUAUCUGGUCAGCGCCGAGUUCGAUGUGAGCUCCAGCCGGAAGGCCAUCAGUUUCUUGUGCAACUGCCGGGAUCAGCCCGUGUGUGCUGCCGCAGAACAGAGGCCUUCUGGGUCCUUACACAUAGUGCGGUUCUAUGACCACCUCUCCAAGAUCCCGCGCCUCAAAGUCAUGCUCAAGUGCAACCAAAGGAGGCCGGAGCCGAGGCCGGAUAGUCGGACACAGUUAACCCUGGACGACGUGAUCCAGGAGGCCAGAGAUAACCAGGAUGCCCGGUGCACGGAUAACGCCGCCGCCUGCCGACCUGGUUCCUCACGCCGGAACUCUCGGAUACCGGAUUAAAGGGAUUGGAGGGUGUGGCCC